CUCUCACUCUCUUUGUUUUCCUUUCCUUCCCCUCUCUUUUAUGUUUACUUGAUCCAAUAACUGCAUGUUAUUCCUUUUCUUAUAUAAUAACAAUGAUGCAGCUUCCCAACAUCGCUAUACGUAGACAGAAAUCGGCGGCACAAUUGCGACCAUCCACACCGAGACGACGACGAAUUUCAGGGCCUUUUAUUGUUGGCGGUUUCCUUGGAGCCCAAAAUAGCCCCUCACCUCCACAAGCAGCGCCAUCAGAGACACCAGCAAUAGUAAGGUCGGUCGCAUUAGUAGAAUCAUCUUCUUCAUCCAAUGGUACUACUUCAACGUCACCUCCACCUCCAUCUGCACUAGAGGAUCACUUUGCAAACGAUGACGAUUACAUCAGUGCAUAUCGACCCUCACCCCAAAUCCUAGUUGACUAUGCAAGAUCCACUAGCGGCACACCUCUUUAUGAUGAGCAAGAGGAUUAUCUUGUUCCAAUCGACUCUGCCAACUGCAGUCUGCUUUCAGUCGUGUCAGAAGCGUUUGUCCGCAAGCUAGGAAGUCAAGAAAUCUUUACCGGUGAAGAGGCCGCUAAUGCUUUACAUGGGUUACUGUCAGUAGCGUAUUAUCCUGAGUAUCAAUGCAUUCAAGUGGCAAAUGCACUCAUGCAUUGUAAGCCGAAUGUCUUGUUUCAACCAUUGGAAGAUUAUGGUAAUCCACCACGAAGCGACGUGUCUUUUAGUGCAGCCUGGGAUCAAAAAUACCUGUUGCGUUACGAUGCACUCGAGGAAGAAACGAAACCAGUCGCUGUUUUAUCCAACUUGACGCCAUGUUAUGUGGGUGGCUGUGAACCUGGAAACACCAGUUGCUACGCGCCGCGUUGUCCUAAUAACCCUGGAAACGCAAUGAAAAACAUAUUGCAUAUUGAUCAAUCAGCGUCAGGUCCUUCAGCGGUGCGGUCUAUGUUACACGACAACGUUCGAAUUGAUGUAGAUUCAUCGAUUACUUUGGGUGGCGGAGGAAGCGAACAAGAUAUGACACGGUACAAUCCUCACGAUAGCAUUAGCAGUAAUGAGGAGGAGAUAUCAGUGAGGGAAGCUGCACGACAACAUGCCAUUAUUGAGCUAAUUCGGUCGCAUCGGUCAUUGUGUCAAUCGCUUGAUAUUUUGCAUCAUGUGAUCGUGGCUUCCAUUCUGUCUGCAGACGAUCUUGGGACGCCUGAACGCCGCACGACACUCGUCUCAAAUGUCUUCGGCACGUACAAUACACUUCGUGAGAUGAGCAGAGCCUUGCUCAACGACAUGCAGCUCAGGCGGUCUGAAAAUGAGCGUAAUAAGAUACCAAUGAUUGGCGAUAUCCUAUAUCAGCAUCUCAAGCUGAUGUGGGAUCCACUAAUCGCUUAUAUCUCCAACAUACCUCUCACUGAAUAUAUUAUCGAGCAUGAAAAGGUGACCAACCGCCAUUUUGCUGAUAUUCUUGAACGAGUAAAACGAGACAAGUGGAUUGUUAAGUCCGGCGUGACUGCCAUCCAUUAUAUCUAUCUGGCACCACGAAUGCAGCUGCCACGCUAUUUGGCUUGCUUACGAGAGAUAAUAGGAUAUACACAUCCACAUCAUCGUGACAUUGAUUACCUUAAGCGGUGUAAAGACAUAAUUGAACGGAUCGAGCUUGAAUCGAACAAGCGAUCUAAGAGUGGCCCACAACGACGUGUUGAAGUCUUACGACUGGCAGAUGCCUUACGCGUGCCACAGCACUUGAACUUGAACAUGGAUCUAAAUCUGGCCGCGCCUCAGCGGCGUCUUUUGUACCAGAGCACGCUCAAACGGUCAGGAAAAAUACGAAAAAAGACGGUGAAUGUGUUUAUACUUGAUCAUAUGAUUUUGACAACCACAACAACACAGCGGGAUACCAAGCAUGAAAUUUGGGAUCGUCCAAUUCUACUACCGAUGCUGCAUGUACCUGAAAGCAAAACAAACUGGGUUACAAGGCCGUCUUCUGGAUCGUCAGUAUCAUCAGGAGGAGGAGGAGGAGGAGGAGGAGGAACAACAAGGCGCUCAAGGAUGCCGCUGUUACACAAUUCGUCACAAGAGGAUAUCAGCCCAACCAUUACACUGAAGCAUUUGGGCAGAAGUACCCAAAAGGAACGCAAGUUUGCCUGUGCGCCCGAUGAAAAGAGAAGAUGCUUAGCGGCUAUUGACGAUGCACGCAAACUGUACAAGCAGAACAAAAAAGAUGUUUUCCGCCUGACGGUGCUUAAUCGUACGGCCUUUCGUGUAUAUCAUACCUCCCCGUCAAGAAACGACGAAGUAUGUGGCUACGACAAAGUCAAUUGCUCGGUGCCGCUCGGAACGGACGACCGUAUGAUCGCUGUGGGAACAAAUAGCGGUGUUUAUUUGAUACAUAAGGACUCCAGCGCUGCCGAUCUAAUGCUCCCAAACAUUGGCAAGGUGACACAAAUGGCCAUUAUGUCCAAAGCUAAUUUAUUACUGGUCCUCACUGCUGUUCAUGAGCUUAGGGCAUAUACCAUCGAGACUAUCAUCGAUGUGUCGAGAGUGAGAAACGGACAGAGCUCAGCGCAAUCCAUAUGCGUUGAUCACUCAGUCCAGUUUUUUCAGGUUGGCUCCACUGAGCGACAUCAAGAUCUGCUGAUAUACAAGAAAAGGCGACAUGGAGAAAGCGUGGUGGUUGCUGUUAAGCCUAUCGACGAAGUAUACCACGCAGCCACCCGAGAUCGAGUUCUUCUUAUGAGCCCUCAGUAUUUCAGCAAUCGUCAUGUAGUCGACUACACCAACUACAUUUUUAGGCGCGUGCAUCAGGAUAACAUUCGAGGUAAAGGGGUGCACGGAAUCCAGUUUUGCGGUGAAGGGAAUGUUGCGCUAGUUUGCUUGAACAAUAUCCGGUUUCUUUCCUUUGACGACGGGGAGCCAUACGAGCGACGAUCUUCCUUGUCAUUAAAUGAUAGACGAAGGAGGGACGAAGAUAACACCGAAGCCCGAGCCGCUUUCCAUUUGUCGCCUACUUGUGUUCUCUUGUGCUAUAAUCGCUAUGGCUACCUCAUUGAUGCACAUGGUAACCCUGUCUCAUCAAGCAACGGCCAAGCUUAUUUGUUUGAAUGGGAAAGCGAACCGUUACGCGUUGUGCGUCAUAGAAAUCAUAUUAUUGGAUUCUCGGAACACUUUAUCGAGAUACGUCACUUAUCAUCGGGUGAGCUGGUCCAGAUAGUACCAGCGGAUUUAUGUCAGCUAACAUUUGAAGGCUUAGUUGACGGGGAACCUGUGAUUCAUGGAUGUAUGGUGGAAGCACACUCUUUAGACAGACAACAGCUUUUCCAGCUCGAAUUGCAUAGAAGAUAGUUGCUUUAGAAUUAUAGUCUGAUAUUUACACAGCUUUGCUAAAUGAUGUCAUUGGUAUUCUAUUAUAUACACUACUUCUGUUUUUACGUAUGCGAGCUGUAUACUGUAUACAAG